CCGCGCUUAGUGCGCUCGCGGAGCUCAGAAGCUGGAGGAGAGACUGACGCGAGCGGUCGCGCGCGCUCAACGGUCGGAGCGGAAGGAGCCGUUAAACAUGCGGAGCUAGAUUUAUUUUCCCACGAAAAAGAAGAAGUAGAAGAGCGCUGUCUGUGGAAUAUACUCGAGCGAAUAAGAGUGUUUUUCUGUUUUUCCUCUUUUUUAUACGUUUUUUAAAAGUUUGAAUAAAUGAAAGUGAUUCUCGGAGCGGAGUAAACUCUAUACACAGCCCCACCAUGACCGCGACCCCCGCCGCCCUGCUGCUGCUCUCCACCCUCAUAGCUCAUCUCCAUCCUCCAUGAUGUUCAGCAUCACCAUUGUCAUCAUUAUCAUCAGCAUCAUUAUCAUCAUCAUCAUCAUCAUCAUGAAGCAGUCUUCUCCCUCUCCAUUGUUCUCAUCUAACGUUUGGAAGACUCCAUCCUCACCACUCUACUCUUUUUGCCAUUUGAUUAGGUGUGGCAUCAGAGCUGGCCUUCAUUAAAGAGCCCCAUGAUAUCAUCGCAGUGAGAGACCGCCCCUUGAUGUUGGACUGUGAGGUGGAAGGGGAGGGGCCUAUCACUAUUACCUGGCGAAGGAAUGGUAUACCUGUUCCUACAGGCCCUAGAGUGGCCAUACUGGACAAUGGCAUGCUCCUGAUCCGAAAUUUCCAGAAACGGCGUGAGAGCAAUGAGACAGAUGCUGGAGAAUAUGAGUGUGCUGCUCAGAACCGUUAUGGCAUGCUGAUCAGCCGCAAGGCACGAGUCCAGCUCGCAUCUCUUCCCAAGUUUCACACCCACCCAGAGUCCAUGGCAGUGGAUGAAGGAGGGGUGGCUCGCCUCCACUGUGCUGUUAAUGGCAUCCCUGAAGCUAGCAUCACCUGGGAGAGGAACAAGACCACACUCAGCACUGAUGACGACAGAUACACUCUCCUGCCUAACGGUAUUCUGCAGAUCACUGGUGUGCGUCAGGCAGACAGUGGACUGUAUCGUUGCAUGGCUAAAAAUAUUGCAAACACACGUUACAGUCAAGAAGCUCAGCUUGGUGUCACUGUUGCAGCUGCUCGCACCUAUAAGGAUCCUGUGAUUCUUUCUGGCCCUCAGAAUCUUACUCUCAAUGUCCAUGAGACUGCUAUUUUAGAGUGUAUUGCCACUGGCAACCCCAGGCCCAUUGUGUCCUGGAGCAGACUGGAUGGCCGUUCUAUCGGAGUGGAGGGGAUUCAGGUGUUGGGAACAGGUAACCUGAUGAUCUCAGACGUGUCGCUCCAGCAUUCUGGAGUGUAUGUGUGCUCAGCCAACAGACCUGGAACCAGGAUGAGGCGUACCGCGCUAGGCCGGCUGGUGGUGCAAGCUCCUCCAGAGUUCUUGCAGUGGCCACAGUCUGUAUCCAAACCAGUAGGAGGCAGUGCAGUGUUUACCUGCCAGGCUCAGGGGGUACCGGAGCCUCACCUCAUCUGGCUCAAAAAUGGCAAGAUCCUCACACCUGGAGACAACGUCAAACUCACCAACAACAACAACACUCUGGCUGUAACACGGAUCACUGCCGAGGAUGAAGCCAUCUAUCAGUGCAUAGCUGAGAACACUGCAGGCACCAACCAGGCCAGUGCCCGCCUUGCUGUCUCUCAAUCCAACGACCUCCCAGAGGCUCCACAGGACCUGACAGCUACACCUCUCUCACCCACCUCCCUGCAGCUGAGCUGGAGUCAGCCAGAGCCGCAUGUCUCCGAUGGGAUUAUUGGAUAUGUGCUGCACAUCCGCAUGCUUGGUGAGCCGGACAGUAAAGAGCUGCAGGAGGCUGUGAGUAAGGACACUUUCCAGCAUGACUUCAGCAACCUGGAACCAGCGACCACCUACUCCAUCUAUGUUAAAGCGUACUCUCCCCUGGGAGCCAGCCAGCAGUCCAAUACUGUCAUUGCCACAACACUAGGGGGCGUUCCCAGCAUGCCCAAUUUUUUCACGAAAGUGCUGAACAGCACAGCGAUGCAAGUGUAUUGGGAGCUGCCCAGUAAACCAGGGAAGGUGGAGGGCUUUAAGCUGUCCUACCGCAUGGUGCCUCAGGAGCAGUUCAGACCAGAGGAGCGCUUCCCAGGCCAGAUCAACACACAUACCAUCUCACACCUUGAGCCUGCAGCAGUGUAUGAGAUUCAGCUGGUCGCAUUUAAUGGGAAUGGAGACAGUAUCAGCAACAAACGGCUGGUCUCUCUUGCUGAGACUGGAACAGCGGGUAAAAACAGUGCUGGAGGCCAGAGCAUGUGUAACUGCAAGCAGAAUGGAGAAGGUUCUUUGACUGGCAUAGUGGUAGGCAUCCACAUUGGAAUGGCCUGCAUUAUCUUCUGCGUGCUCCUCCUGAUGUUCGCAUACAGGCGCAGUUUGUUCUGCAAAAAGGGAACCCAGGAUGACUGGACUGUGUCCCAAGGAGCAGCAGGACUGAGAGAGAUAACUCCUAAAGAGGGAGUGAUCCGUAUCUCUGAGGCUAUAGAGCUAAUGCCUCAGCCUCAAAGCAGCACAGCACCCUCCCAGGCUGCAGGGCCACACUGCCAGGUCCUGAUUGAGCAGCAGCCCAGCUGCCAGCCGGGCACUAACACAGGCACAAACACUGGCACAACCACAGGCACAAACACUGGCACAGGUUAAAUACUCAAAUUCUCCUCUACCCCCUUCUACAACCCCAUCCUUAUCCCACCCUAAAAGCUGUGCUUAGCCCCUCCAUCUCACUUUACUCACCAAAGCCUUACUCUAUAUGUUCACACCCUCCUGAGACUAAUAGUCUAAUAAGUCUCAGCUUCAACCAGCUGAAGGAUGAAUUUUUCACUGUCUUUACCGCUUUAUUAAUGUUUAUGAAUGUUUUCAAAAAGAGAUUCUAAUAUUCUUCAAAAACUCUUGCUAAAGAAUGUAAGUGAGUACAUGUAGAGAUAUAAAGCAUUUUAUCAUUUUAUCUUCAGUUGAAGUUCAGUUGUUGCUGCCGUUGGGCCACCUUAGGUCUUAAACUUGAUUAAUUGUCUUUUUUAACCACCUAAGAUCACGUAAGAUUUGAGACUUUAGACCCCAUAUAAUUAUGUGCAUUAUCCCUUUAUCUUAACAACAAUUUAUACAGUAUAUCAAGACCAAAAUAUAUCUUCUAGUUGAAGGCCAUGCUUCUUUUCAGGUUGAACCAAAAAAAAUUAAACACCCUGAGUAAACAAAUGCCGUACAGUGGUCUUCUACAGCCUUAUGAACCUAUGAUGAUUUAUUAUCAUCAUCACUGCCAUGUUAGCCUGCAGGCAAAGUGAGGUGGAGUGGCUAGUAGUUCAGCUUCCUGUCCAUUCGUCUCCCGUCUCCCCCCUUCUCCUACCUCUCCCCUUUUCCCUGCACCAAAACCCAUUACCUCCAAAGAUAGCUACCUCAGCCUGACAGAAAUGUCGGAGCGAUCCAGGUAAACCAUUCGCUUGCCUUUCUGCUGGUUAAGCAUUCCUACCUCAACCAAAAGCCGUGGGGACAGAGUGUUGCCCACCUUUUUUUAAAGUUUCUCGUGCACGAGUGCCAGUGUUGUGUGCCAUCCAGUAAAUGCCUGUGUUGAAGAAAUGCCCGUACUGCCUUUGCCAAAAGGAGCCUUCGUCUGCUGACUGACUUCCACUGUGUUUCUGUGUCUCAAACUCUUCUGCUGCAAACUGCAAUUGCUUCUAAAGCUCAAGAAGCCUCUCUUUUCCCCAGAGGAGCUGGAGCUUUUUCCUCAGAGCUUCAGAGCUCCUUACCUGAUUCUGAAGUGUUGUUGGAGAACCUGCUGGCUCUUACACGCGUGAGUUUUCACCUCCACAGACAUAGGAAGUGUGAGGGAGUGCUUGCUAAUGACCGGCAACUGCUGUGUGUCAGUGCUAGUGGCGCAUGCUCUGGAGACAGGACCUGUGGAGAACGAGUGAACGAGAACAAGAGUUCAGUCCACUCCACACUACAACAUACUGUACGUUUACACAAAGCCUAUAAAACAACCCCCACAGGAAAGGAUGGACUGAAAGAGCAUCAUUCCUUCAGCCUGCACUGCUGCGGCUGACUGAGGUGUUCUAGCACUUUCCUAUCAAAACCACAAACACAGUAGGAAGGCUGUCUGAGGACCAGUGGUUUUUAUGUGGAGUUCUUCUAUUGCUUUUAAGUAUUUACUAACCAUUUUUUUCUCCAGGUUUCUGUGGUGAUUAUUUUAGCUCAAAAGUACCACACAGUAUUUUUUGUGUUCGUUUUUUUACGAAGGAAGCCACAAAACUAGUCCCUUCUGCUGUUAACCUCUCCAAAUAGCUGAGUUGAAUGACGUCCAAAGAUGAGAUGCUAAAUAGUUGUGGUUUUCGCCCCUUUCUUUAAGAUCUUUCUUUCAGAACAUGUUUGUAUUUUCAUUCAGAGGUUAAAAUUCGUCUUCAUGUUUUAAGGGCAGCGCUGAUAGUAAAAGAUAACCAAACUCCAAACAGAAGUUCAGCUUCCUGUUAACCAAAGCAAACCACUCAAAACCUUUCAGAGCUUCACACUUUUAGUUCACAAAUUCAUUAUAUGGCUACCACAAAUGUCUAUUUCUAGAUAAAUAAUUAUUACAUAAAACUUUUAAAAUAUUAAGGAGUGAAUAUUGGAUAUAUUUUCAUAUGUUGAUACCAGAAAAUGACCGCUUUUCCCGUUUUUAAUGGUAGAAAGUUAAAAUGGCCAAAUAAUUGUCUUAUGAUUCAUUGUGAAAUGUGACCAAAUACCUCAUAUGAACUUUACAUUUCAUGUGAAUUCUUCUCUUUUGACUAAAGCACGUAAAUGUGUGACCAGUGCUUUUUUCUAUAUUUGGUUUAGUCGAGCUUUUCUCUGAAUUGUUGUGUGUAUAAUUCUGCUGAAUUUCUGGCAUUUUACAACCAUGAAUUAAGUGGAGAAAAUAUGACAGCAUGUAGUAAUUAGAACUUAUAAAGAAGUUUAUUCUAUUUUGACCAUUCACAUUUGGUCAUGCUACUGCUGUAUAUAUGUAGUACCACUCAGAGAUGCUGUGACUGCUGUUACAGGAGAACAGUGUCAUGGUUUUAAAGGUUGUAAAUUUAGUGUCAAUGUUUUUUUUAAAGGUUCUACAUAAAGAGCUGUUUUUGACGUUAAUGGGUCUCACUAAUUUCGCUUAUACGAUCUCAAUAAUUUGAUCAUAAUCAGAUUUCUGUGGUUACCUGAUUAUUCAAGUGCUUGUGUGAACAGCGCAGUCCAAUUUCCUAGAUGUAGAUCAUAUUUUUAGCAAUUUAGAUCCUAUUUAGAUCUGAUUAAGUGAAGCAUGUAUGCAGACAUAACCAAUUUUGCUUAGUCAAAAAACGCUUAUCUUUGCAGUAAUAUUGAAAAAAGGUGUAAUAAGAUUCUGAAAAUGCUAUUAGAAAAUAUGAAAAAUGGAGAAGCUAUUUUUGCCGGUGAAACAAAUGUCCAGGAUAACUGAAGCUGUGACAGUUUAAAGUAUGUCACAUGCUUUCAUGAGAUUAUUAUCCAAUUGCACAGUAGAAAUCUACCAGUUUUACCAUUACCUGAUUACCCAAGUGCUUUGAUCAGAUUACUUAUCAGAUUAUUCAGUUCAUGUAAGCGCAGUUUGUUGUAAGUGAGAACAUGUUGCUAAUUAAAAGCAACUAAUAUGAUACCAAAAGAUGAAAUACACAAAAACGUCAAAAGGCUGAGACCCAGAGUCCAGAAGAAAGUGAAAAAGAGGAUUUAUUUUGGCAGUUCUCUUGCAGAAUGUUUUACUUUUCUUUUUUUUUUUGUUUUCCCUCUCACCAUUUGUUUUCUUUCGCUUAGAUGGAAAAUAUUGCCAAACUGACAUAUUGUUAAGUUCAUUUUUUUUUAAAUGUUAUCCUCUUGUUAUUAAUAAUAAUAAUAAUAAUAAUAAUAAUAAUAAUAUUGAUGAUGUAAUUUUUAAGCUUUUACUUUUCAAUUUUAGUUUCCAUGUUUUGGUUCUGUUUCUCAGUAGAAUGAGAGAAGAUUGAGUAGAAAUUUGAGAAUUAAAACAAAAUAGCAUGUUGAUGGCAACAAAGUAGGACAUAAAGUUAUUUCACUCCUUAUUGAAUUGCCUGUCUCUGAUACAAAAUUUUAAUAAUGUAAAACUCUUUAUUCUCAGUUUAAAAGCCAGAUCUAAGCCAGUGUCUCUGCGCAGGCCACAAAUGGAUUUUAGCCAUAUUUUAAAAUAAGCUUAAAGAAUACCUUGUGAAAACAGGCUUUGAGGAUAUGCAGUACCUCAAUCUUGUCCUCACCUGUAUAUUUACCUGUCAGUGCUUUUACAUUUGCUGCUAUUUUACAGUGUCACAAACGCCAGUCUUAAGUUAAUUAAUAGGAACAUUAUUAGAGUGUGCUUUAUGUGCUGUUGACUGCCCAACAUGUCUAUUGUUUAGUAUAAAUGAUAAAAGUAGAGUGAAGUAGUGAACGACUGAAUGCUUGUACCAAUGAGAACACAUGCUUUAAUGUUUGUAUUUUCUGUUUCUCUUAAACCGUACUUGUGUUAUUCACAGCCAAACCUGCAGUAGCUUUAAACCGUUCAGCUCCGUUCUGAGGAGAAACCUGGGCCGAGGAACACGUCUCAGUGACUCAGAAACCUGCAAACGUAAUAACAAAACCCGAGCGUGGCGUGGUUAACAGUCUCUGUACACUCAGAGUCCAUGGUUAUGGAAAUAUCAGUGUUAUAUUGGGCGUUCAGUGAUUAUAAUUAUUUUUUUUUUUUUUAGACUGUUGCACAAUAAGUCUUCAUUAUACAUUUAAUACAAAAAAGCUUAUAAAUAUAGAGCACAGAUUAUACGACAUAGCACUGUAUAACACCCAUGUUCAUACUGAGUGUAUGGAAAUAUUUGACCACAAUUGUAUGUAUGAUACAUAGUAUUUUGUAAAAGUCUUAAGCAGACAAGAAAUUUAAAAAUUUUCAGAAAGAUUGAUUAGAUAAGAUAAAUAAUGAAAAUUCUGUGUAAUAAUAUUUUCAACAUUAUAAUGAUAAAAUAUGUAUUUAUUUUAAGUUUAAUUGUAAGUUUUAUUUAAUUUAUACAUAUAUACUAUAAAUAUUAUAAUAUAUAUAGUACCAGUCAAAAGUGUGGACACACCUUUUCAUUCAGUGUUUUUAUUAGAUUUUUUUUCUACAUUGUAAAUUAAUACUAAAGUCAUUCAGACUAUGAAGGAAAAGCUGUUAACUUGCAGUUUCUGAGGCUGGUAACUCUGAUGAACUUAUCCUGUGCAACAGACAUAACUCUUGGUCUUCCUUUCCCAAGGUGGUGCUAAUGAGAGCCAGUUUCAUUUUUGAUGGUCUUUGUGACUUCACUUACUUUCAAAUGUUGAAAUUUUUACUGAUUGACUGACCUUCAUUUUUUUAACUAUUUUUGUCAUUAUUUAUUUGAGUAGUUCUUGCCAUAAUAUGAAUUAGUAUUAUAUUUCAUUAGUCAAAUAGGGCUGUUCACUGUGUACCAACUCUACCUCAUCACAACUUUACAACUGAUGCUCUCAAACAUAUUAAGAGACAAGAAAUUCAAAUAAUUAACUCUUGACGAGUUCAGCACAGCUGUUAUCUGAAAGACAUUAAGGUGACUCUACCUCAAAGCUGGCUGAGAAAAUCCUGCCAAGAUGUGCAAAGCUGUCAUCUAAGCAAGAGGAGCUACUUUGAAGAAUCUAAAAUAUAAAACAUAGUUUAGUUUGUUUAGCAGUUUUUUUACUUAAUAAUUAUAUGUUUUUCUUAAUAGUUUGGAUGCUUUUAGUAUUAAUCUACAAUGCAGAACAUUUUAAAAUAAUGAAAAAACACUGAGGCGUGUCCAAUUUUGACUGGUACAGUGUAUAUACAGUAUAUGGGGAAAAAACUAUAGAUCUUCAUGGUCCGAGGAAAGAUUUUAGUGCAAAUCUAUUUGAAGUAUUUCUGUUCACCCAUUCAUUCUGAAAUUUUACACAACUGCCAGAUUCAGAUUUUGGAAAAAGUGAAAAACAGCAAAAAUUGAGAUACAAGGUUUUUACUUGCAGUAUAGUUUGACAUAUAUAGAUAAUUAUAUAUAUAAUUUAAUUAUAUAAUUUAAAAUUAAAUAAUUGCAUGCUCAGAUAAGACAAAAUGGAUUUACAUUUAGAUUUAUCUGAUGGCUUAAGACUUUUGCACAUUACAGACUUCACUAGAGUGUAAAGAUAAAAAAAAACAUCUACUAGAUGUUGCAGGUUUCUGGGUAAAGUCACUGUUGAAUGUUCCUUGGCUGGAAUGAAUAUGAUACUUUCUCUGAUUCUGUUUUCAUUUGGUUAUACUGAUGCCUACGUACCAAAUAAAAGAGCGCUAAGUAGA